AUAGAUCAAUUAUAAAAAAAAAAAAAAAAAAUCUCAUUUUUAAUGAAAAUAAAAAAAAAAAAUCCAAAAUUGAUCAAUUGCACCGCUAAAAAAUUUUCUCUUUUUCACUGGAGUUCCUACUCUUCCUCUUGCUAGAAAAAUCUCCUCCUCAACCGGCUGCCUUUAGUUCUAGUACUGGAUAAAUAUUUACUGGAAACCUAAUUGUAAGAGAAGUGGAACCAAGUCUAAGCAAGAACGACUUAGUGUUAAUGUGCUGGAAAUCGCCCAAGAUGAAGAUAAUUUUGAAGGUUGUAUGUUUUCCCAUCUGUUAAUUGGUUGUUUUAUAUUGUUUAUAGAUGCUUUUUAUUUAAAGCUCUGUUUCUGAUGGUUUAAAGAAGUUUCGUGUCUUCUCAUUCUUGAUUUGGUUGUGUACUGCUGAGGGAAAUCUGCUUAGAUGGCAGGUGUAUUUGCUUCUUCAUCUAGAUGUUAUGGAUGUGCAUCCCUUCUAGCAACCUAGGGAUACUGUUCUUAUUUUUAUUAUGAUUUCAGGGCAUCACCUAUGGCUUCUAUGACCAUGCGGAGCCUUAUACUUUACACCACUAAUGAAAAUUGGCAGGUAACUUAGUUAUUUCAUAUUCAAAUCUAAUCUCCCAUUUCCAAGCUGUCUUCUCAGAUCGAUAUUUACUUGAUCUAAUGAUGCUAAAUUCUUCUAUUGCCGGAAACUUGAAUGGGAAUCUUUAUCUGUUGAUCUCCUGCCUCAUCCAGAUAUGUUUGCUGAUGUGCAAGGGGGAGCAAAUCACAGAGAUGAUGAUGGUGCAAAGCGAGUUUUCUUUGGUGGAGAACGCUUCUUAGAAGGAACAUCAGGAGAAGCUUAUUGCAGAGGACAGAGUUAAGCAGUCCACUAGGCCUUGAGGUUCAGUUACAUAUCACAGAAGCUGUUUGUCCUGCAUUAAGUGAACCAGGACUUCGAACUCUUCUCCGCUUCUUUACAGGAUUGUAUCUUUGUCUAAAUAGAGGAGAUGUAGAUCCAAAGGCCCAACAGCGAUCUGCUGAGCAGCGGGACGUUCUCUGGUUUCUAUUAUUGUGGACCACAUUUUUCUCUGCAUUAAAGAUGCUGAAUUCCAGCUCGAACUUUUGAUGCAGUCACUCUGUUUUUCACGGGCUAGUGUCUCUGAUGGAGAAAUUACUAGUUUCUUGUCUAAGGUUAUGAUUGGUGGGUUCUUUUUAAGGGAUACCUUCUCACGCCCUCCGUGUACUUUAGUACAACCAUCCAUGGAAGCUGUCACGGAUUCUUGUGUGAAUAUUCCUGAUUUUGGUAAGAAUUUCUGCCCUCCAAUAUAUCCACUAGGUGAGCAGAAGUGGCAACUAAUUAUGGGUGUUCCUUUAAUAUGCAUUCACUCUCUUCAAGUGAAGCCCUCUCCAUUCCCACCUUCCUUUGCAUCACAAACAGUGAUUGAAUGCCAGCCACUUAUGAUUCAUCUUCAGGAACAAUCUUGUUUAAGGAUAUCCUCUUUCUUAGCUGAUGGAAUAGUUGUAAAUCCUGGCGUCGUUUUACCUGAUUCUUCAGUUAAUUCCCUUGUAUUUACUCUCAAGGACUUGGACAUUAGUGUUCCUCUAGACACAACUAAACUGGAUAAUCCUAGUAGCAAAAGGAACCUUACUGUUGAAAAGUCCUUUGCUGGAGCUAGACUUCAUAUUGAAAAAUUGUUUUUCUCUGAGUCACCUUCACUAAAACUCAAGCUACUGAACCUGGAGAAAGAUCCUGCUUGCUUCUGUCUCUGGGAGGGUCAACCAAUUGACGCUAGCCAGAAGAAAUGGACAGCUGGAGCAUCACAACUUAGUUUGUAUUUGGAAACAUCUGCUAGCUUAACUGGACUUCAGAGUUAUGCUGGCUGUACUUCAGGCUUGUGGAGGUGUGUCGAGGUUAAAGAUUCUUCUGUUGACGUAGCUAUGGUAUCUGCUGAUGGGAAUCCAUUAAGAAUUGUUCCUCCUCCUGGCGGUGUUGUCAGAGCAGGGGUUGCUUGUCACCAAUAUUUAUCCAAUAGUUCUGUUGAGCAGUUAUUUUUUGUCUUGGAUCUCUAUACAUACUUUGGUAAGGUUAGUGAAAACAUUGCCAUAGUUGGAAAGAGUAAAAGACCUAAGAUGGAUAAAAAUGACUCAGUGUCAAAGUUUGAUGGGGAAGGUUCCUAGUGAUACUGCUGUAAGUUUAACGGUAAACGAUCUCCAGCUUAGAUUUCUGGAAUCAUCCUCCUCCUUCAAUAUCCAUGAAAUGCCUCUGGUUCAGUUUAUUGGGAGAGAUCUGUUCAUUGAAGUUACUCAUAGAACUCUUGGUGGGGCUAUUGCUGUUUCAUCCACUUUGUUUUGGGAGAGGAUUGAGGUGGACUGUUUAGACAAUGGGGGAAACCUGGUAAAUGAGAAUCGAACAAUGUUAGAUUCAGUUGAAAAUGGUUCUCUUGUCACUUUGAAUGGAUAUCCUCCCCUUAAAGCUGUCUUUUGGGUUGAUAACAAAAAGAAGCAUCAAUCAAAUGGAAAAGCUUUU